UGGACUCAGAGAGGAGCCCAGAACCAGAGCAUCAGAACUAGAGUACCCGUUAAACUGUAAACAUUUUGGGAGUUUUCAUCUCCGGUGGUGGAGUGGUUGUUACGAGUAAACUGGCGGAAAUAGAUUCGCAGCGGAAGCGUGAUUAGAUGGGAGAAAACAGCUCUGUCACCGCCGCACCACCACCGCCACGGGGAAAAUCCUCCGCCGAGGAGGACGCGCUUCUCAAGCAAUUCUUCGCUGAGCUCAGCGAGGUUGAGCGCGAUAACGAAGUUAACAGGAUACUUUCAUGUUUCAAGUUGAAUCCAUUUGAAUACCUUAACAUGUCGUUUGAUUCAUCCAUUGACGAUGUCAAAAAGCAGUAUCGCAAGUUGUCUUUGCUUGUUCACCCUGAUAAGUGCAAGCAUCCACAAGCGAAGGAGGCGUUUGGUGGCACUCUGUGUUGUUACUCGUGUAGAGGAGAGUAUUGUUAUUUUAGAUACUUUCUUCGGUCCUUAAGCCCCCAAGGCUUUGGUUUAGUGGUACAAGCGCAACUUGUGAUGUGUGGCUCAGGCACAUGUCACGGGUUUGAAUGCCUGGUAUUUAAGUGGAGAAUGAUAGAAGGCAGGCGUAUUAUCCACUUAAUUUCGAACAGUGCGCCACUCGCCCUUGAGGGGUUUCACGGUUAUUAAAAGAAUUUUUUGGUUUCUUUAGUCUUAUAAAUGGAUCUUUUCACUGAAUAUUUGAGUUAUGAUUUAAUUGUAAUCCCUGUUCUGCUCAGUAGGUUGUUUAAUGUUUAUAAAUUGGUAUCUUUCAUGUAGAGACUGCCCCUUAAAUGAUCUUUUUUCAUGUA